AUUUUGUAUAAAGUGAGGUAUAGAUAGCUAUAUGCACCUUAUACUAUACAGACAACUGGGAUCAGGUGAUUCUCAGGAGCAUCAGUAAAAAUGAUACAAAAGCGUGAACACUGGCUACUUACUUUAGUAAUGGCUGGGGGAAUGGUUCUCUGCUGGCUUGUCUUCUCACGCUGCGCAUCUGUCUCUCUCAAUGAGGGUCCCAGUAAGAAUUAUGAAGUGUUAACAUGGCGCCAGGUGCAUCACCAGGCUGUGCUGAAUCACAGAUUACAGAGCAAGCAAGCCAAGCUUAUGGAACCAGUGAGGACUGACGUGCUGACUGUAACCCCAUGGCUGGCUCCUAUAGUCUGGGAGGGGACCUUCGACCCCUUGGUCAUAGACGAGGCCUUCAGGUCCCACAACCUCACCAUCGCUACCACUGUGUUUGCUGUAGGGAAAUACAUUCGUUUUCUCCGUGACUUCUUAGAGUCAGCUGAGAAGCACUUCAUGGUGGGACUGGAUGUGCACUACUACGUGUUCACCGACAUGCCCGGCGAUGUGCCUAGCAACCUGACUCUUGGUGUCGGCAGGAUGCUCAGCAUCGUGAGGGUGCCGAAGUUUGACCGCUGGCAGGAGAUAUCCCUCCGCCGCAUGGAGCUCAUCCAGACUGCCAUUGAGGAUCGCAUCCACCGGGAGGCGCACUACAUCUUCUGCCUGGAUGUAGACAUGAGGUUUCAUGGCCGUGUGGGGUCCGAGGCGCUGGGGAGACUGGUGGCCGCCAUCCACCCCUGGUUCUACAUGUACCCCCGGAGCCAGUACCCCUACGAGCGGCGGACCGUCUCCACAGCCUCUGUACCCCAGGACCAGGGUGACUUCUACUACCAGGCCAACAUAUUCGGAGGAGCGCUGGAGGAUGUUCAUAGGCUGACCAAGACGUGCAGGGAGCACCUGGAGGUGGAUAAGUCUGUGGGUGUGGAGGCUGUGUGGCAGGAGGAGAGUCACCUGAAUUGGUACCUGGUAAAGAAUAAGCCCACCAAGCUGCUGUCACCUGAAUAUGUGUGGGACGACGCUAGAGGAGGGAACGCCAAGGAGAUUAAACUGGUCCGCUUCUCCUCUGUCAUCAAGAACAAGGCAGAGGUCAGGGAGAACCCAUGAGAUGCAGCCCAUGCAAAACCCAGAUAGAUAUCUAUACCUUAAACAGACAGAUAUCUAUACCUUAAACAGACAGAUAUCUAUACCUUAAACAGACAGAUAUCUAUACCUUAAACAGACAGAUAUCUAUACCUUAAACAGACAGAUUUCUAUACCUUAAACAGACAGAUAUCUAUACCUUAAACAGACAGAUUUCUAUACCUUAAACAGACAGAUAUCUAUACCUUAAACAGACAGAUUUCUAUAGCUUAAACAGACAGAUUUCUAUACCUUAAACAGACAGAUUUCUAUACCUUAAACAGACAGAUUUCUAUACCUUAAACAGACAGAUUUCUAUACCUUAAACAGACAGAUUUUGAUCAGGAAUGAUUUAUUAUGCUAAUUAGACUUCCGCUCUGAGGUGAUGACAUCGACGCUAGAGUUUCAAAGACUCGAGCUAACUACAUGUAAGCUCUUGAGUCUUCCUCAUCUCUGACAACUGCCACAAGAAAAUAAUGAUGCUCAAGACAACUGAGCGUGUUGUUGGUGCCCACCCUAACAGCGACAUGUUAGCAUCCCCCCUGAUCUGUGAACAGUUUUUACAAUUAUUAUGAUGUGAAGCCCUUUAAUACUUGUAUUGAAAAGCGCUAUACAAAUAAAGUUUAUUAUUAUUAUGAA